AUGAUGAUGAGAAACCCUCGAGUAUUUGUCAUUGGCUUAGCUCUUUGCCUAUAUCUAUCGACAUCUCUUGCGUACAAUAAGACGGGAAAUGCAUGCCGGCAGCUUUCUACAUGGUUUAAGAAUGCUACUGUCCUGCCAUCGCAGAGACCGUACGAUGCGUUGAGUACGGAGAACUGGUCGCAAACGACUUGGGAGAGACCCUCCUGCAUCGUUCAGCCUGGGAACACACAUGCAUUACAGGAUGUUGUACAACUGCUUACCCGGAGUCAAAUUCAGUUCGCAAUACGCUCUGGGGGCCAUUCGCCAUCUCCAUUCGCAGCCAGCAUUGACAAUGGUGUCUUGAUUGACAUGUCCAAGUUCAGCGGAGUCGACUAUGAUAGUAAUAGUAACGUUGCGACGAUCGGUGCGGGCAUGAAAUGGGGCGACGUCUAUCAUUAUCUAGACUCAUUCAACGUUACCGUCGUCGUCCUUGCGAACGGGACUCUUGUCAAUGCGAAUCAAACAUGGAACGACGAUCUGUUCUGGGCAUUGAAAGGUGGCAGCAACAAUUUCGGAAUCGUCACCACUUUCUCCGUGUCGACUUAUGCAAUCCACGAUAUCUGGGGUGGCGUCAAGCUCUACACCAUCGAUCAACUACCUGCGCUUAUGGCUGCCAUGCACGCCUAUCAAUCGGCACCUGACAAAGAUCCGUAUGCGAAUAUCAUGAUGCAAGCCUCGACAACGAAUGCCAGCGUGGGUGCUGUUUUGAACAUGGUGUACCUCAAGCCUGAAAUUACGCCGCCCGCAUUUGCACCAUUCUACAACAUCCCCACAAUUGGUGACUUGACGAAGUUGCAGACGCUGACGGAAAUGAUGAGUGGGCAGAUGCUGCCAGAUCUUCCCAGAUGGACAUGGCGUGCGACAUCCUUCACACCCACAGCAACUACCUCCCUCUACCAAGAAAUCGCCACCAUCCUAUCCACCGCCCCAGAGCUUUCGCUCCUGCAGUCCGCAAUAGCAGGCUCGCUUGCGCUAGGGCUCCAGCCAAUCUCCUCUAGUCUCAUCAUGGAGGGCAAUGCGCGCGGUGGAGGCAAUCCAUUAGGUUUAGUACCCGUCAAUCAAACCUGGUUCGUACUGGAUGCCGGUUGGUUAGAGCUCGAGGGCGACGAAACCGUGGCGAAAGCGACGAAGGGUCUUAUCGAUCGAAUCGAGGAGGCCACUCGGAAUCAGGGAAGUCAUCUAGAGUACAUCUUUAUGAAUGACGCGAGUCCGGAUCAAGACGUUAUCGGGCAUUACAGGGAAGAGAAUGUGAGGAGAUUGAAAGAGGUUCAGGCAAGGUAUGAUCCGGACUUUGUCUUUCAAGACCUUGUUAGGGGAGGCUUCAAGAUCCCUCGUGCUUGA